GUUCAAUUUCAGUUGACUUCUGUUCUUCUCGGUUGGAAGAUCGAGAGAGAGAGGUUGAAAUUGAAGAUUGAGUUUUGAAGGUUUCUGAGGCUCUGUAAUCUUGAGCAAACAUGUUUGGAAGGGCGCCCAAGAAAAGCGAUAACACUAAGUACUAUGAGAUCCUGGGUGUCUCGAAAGAUGCUUCGCAGGAAGAUCUGAAGAAAGCUUACAAGAAGGCAGCCAUCAAGAAUCAUCCAGACAAGGGUGGAGACCCUGAGAAGUUCAAGGAGUUGGCCCAAGCUUAUGAGGUUUUGAGUGAUCCUGAAAAGCGUGAAAUCUAUGAUCAAUAUGGAGAGGAUGCGCUCAAGGAAGGAAUGGGUGGAGGAGCCAGUGGCCAUGACCCGUUUGACAUAUUCCAGUCAUUCUUUGGUGGUGGCAACCCGUUUGGAGGUGGUGGAAGCAGCAGAGGCCGAAGACAGAGAAGGGGAGAGGAUGUUAUCCAUCCCCUCAAAGUCUCUUUGGAGGAUCUGUACAGUGGGACAUCAAAGAAGCUUUCCCUCUCUAGGAAUGUGAUCUGCUCCAAGUGUAAGGGUAAAGGAUCGAAAUCUGGUGCCUCCAUGACAUGUUCUGGCUGUCAAGGAUCUGGUAUGAAGGUGUCAAUCAGACAGCUUGGUCCCUCUAUGAUCCAGCAGAUGCAGCAUCCUUGUAAUGAGUGCAAGGGAACUGGGGAGACCAUCAAUGAUAAGGACCGGUGCCCCCAGUGUAAAGGUGAGAAGGUUUUACAGGAGAAGAAGGUGCUAGAUGUUGUUGUUGAGAAGGGAAUGCAAAAUGGACAGAAGAUUACUUUCCCAGGGGAAGCUGAUGAAGCGCCUGACACCAUCACAGGAGACAUAGUCUUUGUUCUACAGCAGAAGGAGCAUCCCAAGUUCAAGAGAAAGGGGGAUGAUCUCUUCUAUGAGCACACGUUGUCCCUCACUGAAGCUCUUUGCGGGUUCCACUUUAUAUUGACUCACUUGGAUGGUAGGCAGCUCCUCAUAAAAACUAACCCUGGAGAAGUUGUCAAACCAGAUCAAUUCAAGGCAAUCAAUGAUGAGGGUAUGCCAAUGUAUCAGAGGCCUUUUAUGAGGGGCAAACUAUACAUCCACUUUACUGUGGAGUUCCCUGAUUCCCUGACACCAGAACAGUGCAAGGCACUGGAGGCUGUGCUCCCACCAAGGACGUCAACACAGCUGACAGACAUGGAGCUGGAUGAGUGCGAGGAGACUACAUUGCAUGAUGUCAACAUUGAGGAGGAGAUGCGGAGGAAGCAGUCACAGGCGCAAGAGGCCUAUGAAGAAGACGAUGAUUUACAUGGUGGUGGUGGUGCACAGAGGGUCCAGUGUGCUCAGCAGUGAUCGAAAUAUUGCAAUGUUUGAGUGGUUGAGAUAAAAGGUGGUCGUAUUGGAGGAAGAAGGUAGAAACCAGGCAAGAACUAUUAAAGGGAAGGUGACUACCAAAUUAAACCAAUUGUUGGAAAGCUUUCAGAUCCAGAAGAUGGGUCUUAGUGUAUUACAUAAAUGAACAAGAUGAUGGUGAUAAUCUAGGCCAGAUUUUGUAUUCUGAACU